ACAGAUUGGCGAACACCAACAGGUGCUUCGCCCCACAGGCCUCCUGGUCCAAACACUCCCUGCAUGUGCAUCUUAUCAGGCCGCGGUUUCACCCAUGCGACAAGGGACAGCAGAGGCAGAGCAGAGCUGAACACAGCUGGAGGUGCCAACGAGCCAAAUGGUGGUGUGCAUGUAGCUAAGAGGCCGACAGGUGUGUCUUUUUGGAACCCAACGAGAUUCUAAACUGCCGAUACAGCAGAAAGUGGGGGUUUUGACUGGACGUAAAAGUAUAAGAUGUCAUGACCUGCAUGAGUGGACAACUGAAGAUGAACGUGAUCAUUCAUGCCAGGAUGAACUUAUUCAUCAUCGGAUGCAGCUGCCUUUGUGUCGGCUUUGCUGGAGCCUCAGAGACGGAGCGGAGGCUCCAUCAAAAGCUCUUUGAGAACUACAACAUGAAAGUCAGGCCAGCUGCCUACUGGGAGGAGAAGGUGAUGGUUCGAGUGGGGAUGACCCUCUCACAGCUCGUCAGCCUGAACGAGAAGAACGAAGAGAUGACAACCAACGUGUUCAUGAACCUGGCGUGGACAGACUACAGGUUAUCAUGGAACCCAGAGGACUUUGACAACAUUCAAGUUUUGAGGAUUCCUGCCAUCAAAGUCUGGCGUCCAGACAUCUACCUCAUCAACAAUAAUGACGGUCAGUUCGACGUGGCUCUCUACGUCAACGUCUUGGUCUACAGCGAUGGGACAGUCAACUGGCUCCCGCCCGCCAUCUACCGAAGCUCCUGCUCUAUCGAGGUGUCGUACUUCCCAUUUGAUUGGCAGAAUUGCAGCAUGAUUUUCCGCUCGUACACCUAUGACGCCUCCGAGGUGGAGCUGCAGUACUUUCUGGACGAUGAGGGCAAAGAGAUUCAGGAGAUUGUUAUAGACGAGAAUGCUUUCACUGAAAACGGAGAAUGGGCCAUCUGUCACAAACCCUCCAGAAAGAACAUUAAGGAGGACCUGUAUGAGGACAUCACCUUCUACCUCAUCAUACAGAGGAAGCCUCUCUUCUACAUCAUCAACAUCAUCCUGCCCUGCGUCCUCACCAGCGUGUUGGCCAUAUUUGUCUUCUACCUGCCUCCUGGAGCAGGAGAGAAGAUGACUCUCUCCAUUUCUGUCCUCAUCGCUCUGACUGUUUUCAUGCUUCUGCUGGCUGACAGGGUCCCAGAGACUUCCCUCGGCAUCCCAAUUAUUGUCAACUACGUGUUGUUCACCAUGAUCCUGGUCACGUUCUCUGUCAUCCUAAGCGUAGUUGUCCUCAACCUGCACCACAGAACGCCCAGCACACACAUCAUGCCGACCUGGGUCCGAAAGGUGUUUAUUCACUUCCUGCCCAAGUACAUUGGCAUGACGAGGCCCAACCCAGAGGAGCCUCUGUUAGAGGAGGAGUCUAGUGAGGACUCGCCCAUCCGAGGCCUCAAUGGCAGGCAGCCUGGAGGAGAGUACUUCUUCCGAAAGAUCAACCCUGACCUCGUCGCUCCGUGGAGAGGCCGAUGUGAGAGCACGGUGCAGCUCCAGCGGCUUCCGGACACUAACAGCUACUGUCUGAUCCUCCCUCCCAACCUGAAGUCAGCCAUCUCUGCCGUGACUUACAUGGCGGAGCAGCUGAAGAAGCAGGACAUGGACGACACGAUAACAGGGGACUGGCAGUUCAUCGCCCUCGUGGUUGACCGUCUCUUCUUGUGGUUGUUUGUCAUCAUCACCACCCUGGGCACCUUGGCCAUGUUCUUGGAUGCCAGUUUCAACUACACGCCCGAUGAGCCCUUUCCUUAGAAGACAAAACACCAAUAAGCAAAGACAGUCGGGCUGCCAUGCAUUGUUUGACCUCACUUCUUAUUGGUGACUUCUGAGAUAUCCACGAAUCACCUCUUCCAUAUUUCUGUGGUGAGCCUAUGGAAUAUAGAAACAUGUAUACAAAACCACAAAAUAACAGACGUUGUGUAUAGAUUUAUAAAAAGGUAAAUGUGGUCACACAUUGACUCAAUCAUGUAUUUAACACAUUGUGAUAAUUGAUUUUUUUUCAGUCUGAAAGUUUAAAAUACAUUUUUCUCAUGAGUGA